GAGAAUAUAUUUUACCCUGUUCCAUGCACGAUGUCUGCAUUGUUUAACUUCGAGAGUCUGCUCGUUGUUAUCGUCCUGUUUAUUUGCACCGCGACGUAUUUGAGGGCACGGUGGGCAUCCAUUUACACUUCUAACAGCACUGGAUUUCUCAAAGUACUAUGGAAGGCGUCUAGAAUUGGCGAGAGAAAAUCUCCUUAUGUGGCUGUGUUCUGCAUAGUGCUAUGUUUCUACAAGUUAUUUUCCUAGUUUCUGUAUGCGGUUUGGCAUGGACGCGCCGCGGGGAAGGUGCGACCGUGGCUUGGAAGUUAAACGUGGGGAUUGGGGUUUUGUUAGGAGAGAAUCGCGUGAAAAACGUUUUGUAGAAAAAAUAAAAAGCGAAUUUUUUGCAAUUUUUUUUUGGGUGGCUUUGGUGAGUUUUGCGCGUUGGAGUAUGAUAGGCAGAUGAAGCGGGGUAUAUGUAGGUUAGUGAUUUCAGGAGGGUUCGCAAGCCGCACAUGGGUUGGGAGACGGGCAUAUGCAACGUCUGCAUUGAAACCGGUUCGGGGGAUGCACGAUGUAGUUGGCCUUGAAAUGCAAAAAAGGGAUCACGUAUUACGAAUAGCGAAUGCGUUGGCGGCCUCUUAUGGGUUUCAGCCCAUUUCGACGCCGAUUGUUGAGUUGGAGGCGGUAUUUGCUAGGACUCUCGGCGAGGACAGUGAUGUGAUUAGCAAAGAGAUGUAUACGUUUGAAGAUCGGACAGGCAACAAAUUGGUGCUGAGACCAGAAUUUACUGCUAGUGUGGCAAGGUGUCUUAUUAACAAGCAUUACAGCAUUCCAAAAAAAGUGUUUUAUUUUGGUCCGGCGUUUCGCUACGAAAGGCCACAGAAGGGGAGGAGACGCCAAUUUCACCAAUUUGGAAUUGAGCAAUUUGGGACCGAGCAUUUUUUGUCGGAUGUCCACGCCAUGGAGAUGGCGGUAUUACUCGUGGAGAAGCUUCGAAUCGAGAAUACCAUGUUGGAAGUUAACUCUCUGGGGGACAAGGAGACGCGCAUGAGUUACCGCCGAGCGCUGGAAAUCUACUUUUCCAAGUACGAUAAAGUGCUAUCCAGUACAAGCGUCGAGAGGUUGAGGCGCGGCAGCGUCUUGCGCAUUUUAGAUUCGAAAGAGGAGGAGGAUCAAGUUUUAGUCGCCAACGCGCCGGAAGUCACGGAUUACAUGACAAAAGCUUCCAAGGAGCGACUUGAUCGAGUGCUUGAAGGUCUCACUGCGAUUGGCGUUCGAUAUCGUUUGAACCCUAGGUUGGUGCGUGGCCUGGAUUACUAUAACGAUACAUGUUUUGAGCUGGUGGAUUCAUCGUCUGGCUUGGCGUUGAUCGCUGGCGGCCGAUACGACGCUUUGGUUAAACAGAUGGGUGGGAGGCCAACGCCUGGGGUUGGCUGGGCAGCAGGAAUCGAGCGGCUGAUCGAUUGUGUGUCCGAUUCCCUGUUGAAAGUGGCGAGAAGGCCGAUAGGCGUGGUUGCAGUCAGCGAGGCGUCUGAAGAAGUGUUGGAUCUCAUUCGUCGAAAAUCGCUUUCUCUUGCUCAAGAACUAAGGAAACUAGGAGUCCCGGUUGUUGUAGAUUGUAUGAAAUCGGUAGCGAAGCAGUUUCGCGCGGCAUCAAAAGAAAGCUGUAAAUGGGUAAUAGUCGUUGGCGCUCGAGAGGUUGAAAGAGAGGUUAUUUUAUUAAAAGACAUGGAUUCCGGAGAAGAGAGAUUGACUGAAUUCGAGAACGUGAUGGCUCUAGUUCGAGAUCAGAACGCGGCAUCAAAAAAUUUUUGAUAAUUUUUAUGGAAUGCGCGACUUGGUUAUCGACGGUUUUCCAAUGUUCUUGAACCAGCCGUAAUAGGCCAUUGCGAAGACAGUGAAUGCCUGUGCGGCGACGCAGCCUACCUGGAACCUCGGUGAAGGUGAGCACGCGCGCCUCAUUCGAAGAUCGCCCAACGCGUAGGUGCGUACCUCAUGUUCUUAUAUAGAUCGGCUCGACUGCUGAGCGACUUCGAAAUUCCAUAAACCAAAAAACCAAUACUGACAGCCAUGCCUAACGUGAAAAUUUUUUUUUUUUUCCUUCAGUCAACGACAGAAAAUCAGUUCAAAAAGGGCCGUCUCUUCGGCGCACCUGCCGGAAUCAACGGUUCCGCGGUAACCCAUUUCCAAAACUUAUUCUCUAUCAUGACCAACUUCGUAUUUUCUUUGUCAAAAACGAUUUGGCUUAAUUUUGAGGACGAGGGGUGGAGCAGAAUCGGCUCGUAAGGCUGGCCGUCAAUUCCAUGUUUGGACUUUUGGAUGUCAUCCAUGCAGCGAAGAAGCGAAAAUAAUUAUUUUUCGUCAAGUAUUUUUUUUUUUCCCCUUCAGCCUUCAACCACCUCUAUAUGCCCUCGCUCAGCUUGUUCCGAGCAAAAAGUACUUGCCCUUUGCGCAUCGUCUCAGCACAGUUCGAACCAUCGCUGACACCCUCCCCCCACCCCGUCCGCGCGACGAAGACAGUCGGCGGAAGAGCGCCCCCAAGAAUGCGCCACUCUACCAACUCUUGGAGGAAAUGCAAAUUUGCUCUGACAGCAAAACCCCCCAGCAGCCGAAUCAGACGUCCGCGACCAAUGACAGGCAAAAUCCACAAAUCGCGCCCUACUUAACAAAAAUGCCGAUGAAGGCGAAAAAGCGCAAACCGCUGGCAAAGCGCAAGAAGCAACUCAGGCGAAGCGCGGAAGAAACGGCUAUGAAUUUCGCGUCUCAACUCGAAGCGAAGAUCGUCAAAUCCAAAGAGAAAAAGCUACGUCGCGACAAAUGGAAGGAUCCAUAUUGAACAUCCGUGCUCCCUGGCGCAUGGGUCGAGCGAGCCGCAUUUUGAGGACGGUUAUCGGAGAGAAAUAAACGUACCUGGGCA